CAAUGUCUUUACCUACUCUUGGUCGGAUGCUGCUUCAGUGCGUUCCCACCAUUGGGCACUCUCACCCAAUAACAAGAGAGGCAGUUGCAAAACACAAGCCGGGCCUCACGGCCAACGAUGUGAUCUGCGGGAAAGAAAAGCGGCAGCGAAUCCUUGAAUCAAGACACCGUGGAUUUGUACUGAAUCAUAACCGAACAUUUCACAGGUUUAAAAUGCAAAUUUGUUAGGUGAUUGUGGUGCAGCAGCAGCAGUCAUGGCAACAAUGGAGGCUGAGAGGAUGGUCUACGACAAAGCUUUGAAGGGCAUGUUUGCAUUGGCAGCGCUCACAGUAGUUUCCACAGCGUUGAUAACAGCGCCCUAUGGCCGCCACUCGCGCUCCGGGUGGGGACCCAGCAUAGGUGGGCGUUUAGGGUGGUGCCUCAUGGAGUCCCCCACCCUUUGGCUGAGCGCCCUUCUCUUCCCCCUCGGCCGUUCUGCAAAUCCAACAUCCCUGCUGCUUCUCGUGCCUUUCCUCUUGCACUACAUCCAGAGGACCCUUAUAUACCCUCUGUUCCGCGUCCCCUCCCCUGCAAAGCCCAUUCCUUUAACCAUCGUAGCCGCUGCUUUAUUCUUCAACUGCUACAACACCUUCCUGCAAGUCCGCUGGGUCUCUCAUUUUGGGGUCUAUACCACCGCCUGGCUUUGGAGCCCAGCCUUUAUCUUAGGGCUAGGCGUCUUUCUCAUUGGAAUGUAUAUUAACAUCUGGGCUGACUCUGUUUUGUUCUCUUUGAGGAAGAGUAAGGAAGGAGGGGAUGGGAGCUACCAGAUACCCAGAGGAGGGAUCUAUGAAUAUGUAAGUUGCCCUAAUUAUCUUGGGGAAAUUGUAGAAUGGAUGGGGUGGGCAAUCAUGACAUGGUCAUGGCCUGGUCUUGCUUUCUUUGUUUACACUGCAUCUAAUCUGGGUCCCAGAGCUGUCUCUAAUCAUGCUUGGUAUCUGAAGAAAUUUCCUCGGGAUUAUCCUAAGUCCAGAAAAGCCCUAGUUCCAUAUGUAUAUUAGUUUGCAUUUUCUUUUUUGAAACAGACCUCAUGCUUUCCCAUUUCAGCUUUGCCCAGAGAUUGGAAUUUGAUCCACGUUUGGACUACUCUUUCUCGUCCAGUUGGCACUCUUUGUGAUCUGUUAUCAGGGUGGAUAAGAAAUUGAUUAAACGUUUGGGACCAGUCUUUGUGAAGAUGAUCUAGAGAGGAUUACAAGUAAGAAGUCAUUUUGUAAAUAACUCAAUGUUCAACCAGAGUUAAUGGGUAUAUUAUUUUCGCCAUGCAUAUAAAAAAUCGCACUGCCAUGUGAAAUUUUUUGCUAA